GAAGGUCAAAGCAAAAUGGUAACCAAGAAGAUAACAAUCAUCAGAGACGGUGAGGAUCAAAUCAAGAUGCCAACAAAGAAUUCCAACGAAGAAAAUCAUCUAGUCAAGAUGAAAGCCAUUGAACAUGAGGAUCAAGGUGGGAAGAAGCUGUCUAGGAAGAAGGUGUCAAUGAAGAAAUCAAAGGUGGAGGGUGAUAAAGUCAAGAUAAAUACCAAUGACGCUGAGGGUCAAAGCAAGAAGCCGACCAAUAAGAUGCCGAUAAAGGAAUCGAAUGAAGAAGAUGCCAACGAAGAACAUAAGAUUGAGUCUCUUAUCCCUGCUAUGACUUUAGACGAUUUUUUUGAAAAAUAUGGGAUAUCAUUAGAUGAAAAUGAUGAAGAAUAUGAAUAUGAUUAUGAUGAGCUCAAUCCAACCGUUGGUGAUAGUAGUAACAGUCAACUUGGUACCAAAAAGAAAAAAGUUCGUGGUCCCACCCAACUCAAGCAUAUUCAUGCUUUGGAGACACAAAUAGAGUUAACAUGGUACAAUGGCAAACCCAUAGGCCCAACAAAGACACAGGUUCAAUUGUUUUGUCGGUUCUUGGGAACACUUGCAAGAAACUCUAAUUUGGUCACAUUGUUAUAUACUAAUUGGCAAGCUGUGUCCAUUGAGACUAAAACUUCGAUGUUGGAUUAUGCAAAGUCUAAAUAUAACAUUCCUAGUGAUGCUGAGCCUUGGGUGAUAGAUACCAUUGGAGAGGCAUGGAAGCAAUUUAAGAAACGCAUAAAGAAAUAUCACUAUACACCGUACAACUCAUUUAGAGAGAUGAUGAAAAAUCGUCCAAUGACUAUACCUGAACUGCAUUUUCGAAAACUAGUUCAAUUUUGGAGACUUGAUAUCAUCAAAGUUAUUUCUGACAAAAAUCGUGAAAACAGAUCCAAACAAAAAUGGAAUCAUCGAAUGGGUCCAGUUAGUUUUGAAUUAGUACGCGCUGAAUUGCGUGCAAAGAAGGAGGACAAUGAAGAUCCAUCACAAUCUGAGAUGUUUGUUGUAACUCGUACGAGCAAAAAAGGAGAGACUGAUUCGGGAACACAAGAGACAAUUGAACAUCUUCAAAAUUUGAAAGAAGCAGGAUACAAUGAUGAUGAAGUAGUUCAAACAGUUUUUGGAAAGGAGAGACAUGGAAGAGUUCGUUUCUAUGGUCGAUCAGUCACAAAAUCCUCUCUUAAAAAGGAGAAGGAAAUCCGACAAAUGCAGCAACAACAUAAUGAAGUGGUUUCAACUAUGGAGAAAAAUCAAAAUAACUUAACUUCCAAGUUGGAUGGUUUAACAAACUUGAUUAAGACGUUGUUGCAACAAGUCAAUCCUGGUAUGAGUGCAGAACAAGUGCAAGUAAUGAUAGAAGCUGCCCAACAAUCUCCGCCUGACGCGAGUAGUGCACCAAAUGAUGCGCGGCGAAGCAUUCCUCCUUCACUUGGAUCGAACCAUGUAUCAAAGGAUAUGGAAGAAGACAUGAUCUGAUGAAGAAAAUAUGUUCCAUACAAAUAUCACAUGGGAUGGGUCUUACAAUGACCUUAAUUACUUAUGUAAAUGUAAUAUU